CCGGCGACCGUUGACAGUGAACCGUCGCGCGCGUCGCGCCGACAACAAUCCGAACGCAAGCAACACCCAUAAACAACUUCAGUUCCUCAUUAACAGUUACAGUGGGUGUUUUGGUGUAACCUCAGUUUGUUGUGUUUUUGACUGAUUACACUGAAGUGUUGUACGAGUUUACACCAGUUUUGGAUAUUGGACAAGUGCUAAAAAGUGACUGUGCGUGCUAUGCCGCAAUUAAGAGCUUAGCAGUCUUCUGCGGGCGAUGCUCACAGGAGAGCAUGUGAUGCCGGCCUUUGACGCCCGGCGCCAUGCCCACGCCGCUGCAGCCCGGCGGCCCCGCUAGCGGCCCGCCUCCGGAGCGCAAGCGGCGCCGCAAGCGCGACGAUCCGCAGAGUUCAGCCGCUCUCGAGCCUGACGACGACGACGGCGACAUGAGUCCAGAAGAGGAGCCGCGCAACGUACCCGCGGCACCUGCGGCUCCUACGCCCGCGCCAUCCUCCGCUCCCGCUCCUACUUCGCCUCCUGCUGCUCCCGAUGCUGUAGAUCUCACCUCGCGACGAGAUUCACCACCGCUCUCUUCAGAUGUCGAGCGCUUUGAUGGCAAAAUCGUCUACAAUCCUGAUGGAUCCGCCUACAUCAUUGAAGACCCAGAACUUUCAGAAGGCGAGACCAGCAUACCUGACCUACCCAAAAUAGAGCCCGGGUGCAUUGUCGACAGCCGCGAUAGCAAUGUGGUCGAGAAGCAACUCGAGUUCCCCCAAAUAGCGAGUGCAUUCUAUGUCUCGAGGAAUCCUUCAUUAUAUGGUGCACUGUAUGGAAGACUGGCAGCAGAAAGAGCACGGGCGAGGCCUGAUGCACCUGUGAUGCAUAGUUAUCGAGUGUUUAGUUUUCGUGGAGGUAAAGAUGCUCCCAGGCCGCUAUCUCCAACUGCUGAGUGUCCAGUCAGCGUGCCAGUCAAACCUAUCCUUAUGUGUUUUAUAUGUAAAUUGAGUUUUGGUUAUGCUAAAUCUUUUGUGGCUCAUGCACAGUCGGACCAUAGUUUAUCAUUACUUGACUCAGAGAGAGACGCCUUAUCGAGAGAAAAUGCUUCUGCUAUAAUUCAAUGUGUUGGAAAAGAUAAAGAACCACUAGUCUCAUUCUUAGAACCAGUUGGUGCUGCUGCACCGCCUCGUGUAUCUGCUUCUGGAAGCCCUGCAAAUAUGUCAGAAUUGUCAAGUCCAUCCAUAGACAAACGACCCGAUAUGAUGACUCCCGAUAGAGACAAUGAUUCAAUGUUACCAAAUGGUACUUGUGAUGACAGAAGGCCGAGCCCAAACACGUGGAGACCGCCAAGAUCACUAGCUGAAUCGAUGGUUCCACAACAUUCCUUGAUCUCUGUGGCUCAUCCUCAUACAAUAAAUGCAUCAGUUCAACAACGCGUUAGUCCAAAUUCUUCCCCGCCGUUCCAAGCUACGCCACCUGCAUUCCUUUCAGGCACAACGAUUGGAGUGUGUCCUGAUCAUCUUGGGGGACGGCCAUCUGGUGCUGAUUGUCCAAAAUGUGAACUUAUUCUAAAUUCAGGAAGAUUAGGUGGCCCAUUAGCCGGUAUGCAUAGUAGGAAUUCUUGUAAAACUUUGAAAUGUCCAAAGUGCAACUGGCACUACAAAUACCAAGAAACGUUAGAAAUACAUAUGAAGGAAAAACAUCCAGAGGCUGAGACAAGUUGCAUUUAUUGUAUAGCUGGCCAACCUCACCCACGGCUAGCGCGCGGUGAAACUUAUACCUGCGGAUACAAGCCAUACCGUUGUGAAGUGUGCAAUUACUCAACGACGACGAAAGGUAACUUAAGUAUACACAUGCAAUCUGAUAAGCAUUUAAACAAUAUGCAGGAAUUGCAAAAUGGUGGCAAUCCAGGCGAAAGCAGUCUACCUCCUGCUCCUCAACAUACGCCUCCAGGAGUGCAUAAACCACCAUUACCGCAUCAUUCACCAUUAGGACAGAAACCAAAACCAACAUUUCGAUGUGACGUUUGCAAUUAUGAAACAAAUGUGGCUCGCAACCUAAGAAUACACAUGACAUCAGAGAAGCACACGCAUAAUAUGCUUGUAUUGCAACAAAACGUAAAACAUAUGCAAACGCUAUCUGCAUUACACCACAGACAACAGAGCCAGCAACAACUUGAGAGUUUAUUGCAUUUUCAUAGUCCUGAUGCUCCUCCACCCAAUCCUGAAGCAGCAUUAGCUGAUAUGGCAUACAAUCAAGCACUGAUGAUUCAGCUUAUGACAGGGGGCCCAGGACCUUCUCCGCCAGAAUUAGGUGCCCAUCUAGAUGUUGGCCUAAACCCAGAGGCAAUGGAACCACCGCCCGAACCUGCAGAUCCUGAACCAGAGAGAACCUUCCACUGUUGCAUUUGCAAUUGUUUCUCGACGGACUCCUUAGAAGCGCUUGGCCAUCAUUUAGCGCAAGACCGAACCAAGAUAAGAGAACAGGAGAUCUUAGCGUUAGUAGCUGGUCAUUACGUUUGCAAACUUUGCACAUACAAGACAAAUUUGAAAGCAAACUUCCAAUUACACUGCAAGACUGACAAGCAUUUACAAAGGUUACAGCAUGUAAACCAUGUGAAAGAAGGAGGCCCAAGGAAUGAGUGGAAAUUGAAAUUUUGUGGUGGUGUUGGUACUGGUGGUGCCGGCGUCGGUGGUGUCCAAGUGAGAUGUUGUGCGUGUGAUUAUUAUACCAACUCAGCACACAAGCUGCAAUUACACGCAGCCGGAGCAAGGCACGAAGCUGCAGCUCUUCUGUUAAGACAUCUUCGUGAAUGUGCUUCGCGAAUUCCUCGUGAACGUCCAAGAGUCUACCGUUGUGCUCUUUGUGGAUUCGGUGCUCCACAUCGACUACCACUUCUGCAACAUGUCCGUUCUGUCAAACAUCUACAGAUGGAACAAAUACAUCAACUACAGCGGCGUUCAGAAGGCAAAGAUCCAACACCUGAUGUCGCAGAGUUAUUCCAGGUCAUACCUCAACCAUCCGAACUUCCAAGUCCGUUCGAGCAACAAGACACUGAUACCAAGGAACCUAUUGAUCAGAAACCAGAACUCACUCAAGAGCAAAAAAUGUUGAGGUUUUUGGAACAACAUCAGCAACAACACCAGCAACCACAGCAACAACAAUCUCAACAGCAAAAUCAACAGUCAUCGGGUGAUAGAGAAGAUGAAAGAGAAACGCCUGGGCCUCAUGCAUGUCCUUACUGCAAUUUUAGUUGUGGUUCUGAGGCUCGCUUACAUACUCAUGUCACUACCAUACAUGGCGAUACAGCAAGACAUUUUAUCUGCCCGCUAUGUCAAGAUGCAUUUAAGGAACGUCCGGCCCUUGAAAGACAUGUGAUGCAAAUUCAUUCAGUCAACUCUGAAGGCUUGCAACGGCUACUGUUACUUGUCGAUCAAAGUCACUGGCUAAACGGUGGAACUCAACAACGAGAUGAAUCAACAAGACAAGGGGAUGAAGACCGGGAGAUAUCCUCGCCUCGCUCAGAAGGCAGUGCGGAUGGUGAGAUGGAACGAUGCUCAACAUGCAAUCGCACAUUCCGCAAUGUCGACGAACUUUGUCAACAUCAAAAUGAAUCCGGUCAUCUUGAAUUGAAACAAACACCCCAAGGCCCUGGAUACGUGUGUUGGAAAAAGGGAUGCAAUCGCUAUUUUGAUGCAGCACACGCUUUACAAAAUCAUUUCAGAGAAGCACACGCUCGAAACUCGAUUGCAAACAUGUCUGUUUCGGAAAAACACGUAUAUAAAUACAGAUGUAAUCAGUGCAGUUUGGCAUUCAAAACAAUAGAAAAAUUGCAACUCCAUUCGCAAUAUCAUGUAAUAAGAGACGCCACGAAAUGUGUUUUAUGUGGGCGAAGCUUUAGGUCAGUAUUGGCUCUGCAAAAACACGUCGAAACAUCGCAUUCGGAACUCUCAGAGGAAGAGUUAGCUGCUUUCAAACGCAGCCUUGCAUCGAAUCCGUUACUUCAGGCAAAUCAAGGAACCGCACUGGACGCCGUUACGGCUGAACUGUUUCGGAAAGAAGCUCUUAGAACACCUGAUGAUGAACUAGCAGAUCUGGAAGACAGAGACUCGAGUGCAACUGUCGCGGAUGAAUCUGGGCAUAAUGAUGCUGAAAAUUCGGAUGAUUCUAUAGUCUACAAAGAUCAACAAUUUUUAGAAGACUAUUUGAACUCCCAGGCUAUGGCUGAAGACUCCUAUAACGAUCCGAAUAGGAAAUACAAAUGUCAUAGAUGCAAAGUAGCUUUCACACGACAAUCUUAUUUGACGGCACAUAAUAAAACACUACUACACAGGAAAGGCGAGAAACUAACAUACCCUAUGGAAAAGUAUCUUGACCCUAAUAGGCCAUUCAAAUGCGACGUAUGCAAAGAGUCAUUCACUCAAAAGAACAUCUUACUGGUUCAUUACAACAGUGUGAGUCAUUUGCACAAAUUGAAACGCGCCAUGCAAGAACAACAAAAUAAUAACAACCCUCCCGUUUCGCCCGGAGCGGGUUCCGCGCCCUCUAAUUUGACUCUCACACCUAAGAGCACAUCAAGUGAGGAGGAUGAUCGUAAACGCUAUAAAUGCAACAUUUGCAAGGUGGCGUACACGCAAGGCAGCACGCUUGACAUUCACAUGCGGUCAGUAUUACAUCAAACGAGGGCCGGUAAGUUACAGGAGCUAGCCGCGGCCGGACACGUGGAUUUGACACGGCCUUUAGUAGAGCAACCAGAUAGGAACGACCCUGCCAAAAUUUUACAAGACGUUUUGUCGCCGAAAAAUACAUCCCCUUCGUCUACGAGCAGUGGGGGUCCGCGAUCGUCACCCCCCGCGCGUCCAGGUAGCCCUCGGUCCCCGCGCUCAGGUAGCGCCACUUGCGAACGUUGUCACGCGUCAUUCCCGACCGGGGAGCUACUCGACGCACACCGUGCGACCUCAUGUCCGUUUGGCGAUGCGCGGGCGCACUCGCCGCUAGGUGACGCAGAAGCAGCUGCUAUUGACGAGAUGGUUGCCAAAGGCAACCCGCCUAAGAGAAACUCACAAAUGUAUAAACAAUUACUUGAAACCUUUGGCUUCGAUCUUGUCAUGCAAUAUAAUGAAAAUCAACGUCGGAAACUACAAGAAGAACGGGAAAUGGCGCGGGCGCCGAGUCCUCCGCCACCGCCGCCGGAGGAAAAGCCACCGGAUGGUGAAAUAAAGUCAACGUGUCAACAUUGCAACAAGGAGUUUUCAAGUGUUUUUGUGCUAAAGACUCAUUGUGAAGAAGUGCAUAAAGAUAAAGUUCCAUUGGAGUUUUUGGAGCAGUUUGCCGAACAGUUCAAAUCGGAGUACGAAAGAAAGUCUGGAGCGCCUAACUCGCCUCGUGCCGCGUCUCCCGCACCGCAAGGCGAUCGGUCGCCGUCGCCGCGUGGUGACAGUGCUGGAAAUUUCAAUGAGAAUGGGAAUGCCCAGGGUGAAGCGCAAGCUGGUGCUUUAUUGGCUGCGCAAGUGCAGGAGAUGCAGGCAGCGCUAAACAUGCUGCAACUUCAACAGCAAUUGGGUCAAUUGCACCCAAUGGUGGCGCAGAUGCUGUCGCUAGGCCUGCCCUUGGGCCUGAACGUGGGCGCGCUGGCAGCGAUGAACCUCCAGCCGCCACUGGUACCGCUCAUGCUGCCACCGCCGCCGUUCGACGCAAUGCCCUUCGCCCACGACGCGCAAAUGAAACAGCAACAACUUUUGCAGCAACAACAGCAGGCAAAUGCUGCCGCUGGACAAAAACGUGCUCGCACUCGUAUCACUGAUGAACAACUUAAGAUACUGCGAGCUCACUUUGAUAUUAACAACUCACCUAGUGAUGAAGCCAUCGCUAAAAUGGCCAAGCAGUCUGGCCUAGCCACAAAGGUAAUCAAACAUUGGUUCCGAAACACUUUAUUCAAGGAACGACAGCGUAAUAAGGACUCCCCUUAUAACUUCAACAAUCCUCCCUCUACGACGCUCAAUCUUGAAGAAUAUGAGAAAACAGGUGAAGCCAAAGUAACACCUCUAGAUUCCUCUGCGAGCUCUGAUGAAGGAAAGCCACCACCAGAGAAGAAGGCAAAGACUGAAGAUAUUUCUCACUUAAAUCCUAACAAUCACCAGGAUGUAAAAACGGAACCGAGUGAUGAACCGACCAUGGAGGAAAAGUACAACUCUUAUGAUGAUAGACACCAAGAAGAUAAAAGUUUCAUAUUCCCACAGGCACCCUCACAAAGCCCUGCCCCACUUUCAAAUUCUGAACAUCCACAGAAUAUGUCAAGACCACAAACUCCAACGCAUUUGUCGUUGAAUUCCUUAAUACAAUCUCAAUUAGAUUCCAUUCCGGCUACAAGUAUACCGCAGCCGCCGCAUCCAUCGAUGCUGCCUCCAAAGCUAAAUCCGAAUUUCACGUCCCCAAACUCCGCGCCCCCGAACGUCCUACCUUUGACCCCAAAUCGCAGCCUCAGUCCUGGCAGAGGACCGGCCGAUUUCGGACUUUCCGGGGGCAACUCGAACGGAUCCAACAGCUCGGGGUCUUCUGGCAAACGCGCCAACAGAACUAGGUUCACUGACUAUCAAAUCAAAGUCCUUCAAGAAUUUUUUGAGAACAACGCCUACCCUAAAGAUGAUGAUCUUGAAUACCUUUCAAAGCUAUUAGGACUCAGCCCAAGAGUGAUAGUUGUUUGGUUUCAAAAUGCUAGACAGAAAGCAAGGAAAGUAUACGAAAACCAACCAGCCGCUGAGCCACCGGCAGGUGCUACGGAUGAUGCCAAUAGAUUUCAGCGUACUCCGGGCUUAAACUAUCAAUGUAAGAAGUGCCAACUAGUAUUCCAGCGAUAUUACGAAUUGAUCAGGCAUCAGAAAACGCAUUGUUUCAAAGAAGAAGAUGCAAAACGCUCUGCUCAGGCGCAAGCGGCUGCUGCCCAAGUAGCUGCGACAUUGAGUAGUGAAGACUCAAACUCAAGCACUGUAGAACAUCACACACCUCAUGUGCCAGUUUCCCCUGCGCCACCGCGCACUCCCACUCCAGCUGCACCUAACUAUCCAGUGUCUCCUGCGCCCACAACACCUCAUACCCCAGUUACACCCCUAUCGCAUCAACCACGAGAAGAAAAAGAUGGAAAUUUUCAAUGUGAUAAAUGCAACCUAGUCUUCCCACGAUUUGAUUUAUGGCGAGAGCAUCAAUUGGUUCACAUAAUGAACCCAAACUUAUUUCCCACAUAUCCCCCAGAUUCUCCCUUUGGGAUCUUACAACAACAUGCUCAGCUACAACAAUUAAAUGCUACGUUGGGAAACGAUGAAGCGCGACACCCUUUAGUCGCAGCUUUAAAUCAACAGGUUGCUAAAAGAAAAUUCGAUGAAUUUGAAGAAGUUGAUACUGGAGAGCAGCCAAAAGAUAAGCGAUUACGAACAACUAUUUUACCCGAACAAUUGGACUACCUUUACCAGAAGUACCAAAUUGAAUCAAAUCCUUCCCGAAAAAUGCUUGAAAAUAUUGCCCGAGAGGUCGGACUAAAAAAGCGAGUGGUACAAGUAUGGUUUCAAAAUACACGAGCACGCGAGAGAAAAGGUCAAUUUCGGGCACAUGCACAAGUUAUUAACAAAAGAUGUCCAUUUUGCCCUGCUUUGUUCAAAGUAAAAAGUGCAUUAGAAAGUCAUUUAAGUACAAAACAUGCAGACCAGUGUGCACGGGGAGAAAUCAAUGUUGAUGCGUUACCAGAUGAAGAAUUGAGUACAGAAUCGACUCCCAGUUUUGGUUCUCAACAAAGUGACAGGCAGCAAAAUUUUUCCCAAGCGGGGGCGCCCAUGUUGCCCCCUAUCUUUCCGCCGUUUCACUCAGACAUGGAGAAAUUUAUCAAACAGUACAGUGAAGAAUCUAUGAAAAGAUAUGUGAGUGAAUUACAAGCUCACGCCGCCGCCCAACAGAACGGUGGCAAUAAUGAGUCUAAUGAAACGCCGCGACAUGGGAAAUCUGAAAUACCUUUAGAUCUUAGCAAGCCAGUCGACUUAUCAAGACCGGGAUCGGAUGCUGAUGAGCGUUCAGAUACAGCAUCAGAGACAAUGGAGUUUUACGAAGAGGACGAGCCCACAUCACCAUUACCGGGCCAACAAGCGACACCCCGGCCUCCGGGCAAACGAUUUCGCACUCAGAUGUCCUCCUUGCAAGUGAAAAUAAUGAAAUCUUUGUUCGGCGACUACAAAACGCCGACGAUGGCUGAGUGCGAAGCGCUCGGUCGCGAAAUCGGCCUUCCGAAACGCGUUGUGCAAGUGUGGUUCCAAAACGCACGUGCCAAAGAGAAAAAGGCGCGCCUCGCAGCAGGACUCCCGGAGGUGUCAGAUGCGCCGCCACCUGAAGAGUGUCGUGUUUGUGACUUUAAAUAUAGCCACAAGUAUUCAGUGCAAGACCACGUGUUUACUCGCGGUCACAUAGCUGCGGUUCGCGCGCGGCUCGAGAGUGGUGCAAUAGCCGGCGCGACUGACGACAACACGCUUGCGCUGAUGCAGAUGGCGGCACGCCUGGAUUCCGGGCUCGGCGGAGAACUCCACAACGCGUUUCUGCGACCGCAGCUCGCCGGCAACGGUGGAGUACCCAAUCCUCUCCAGCCGCAACCACAAGGCCUCAUAGUGGAGACUGGCAACGGUGCCAGCGUGCUUCAGCUGCCGGCGACCACGCUGGAACAGAUCCGCCACAUCGCCGCCGACCCAGGCGCGUCCACCCUGCGUUUGCCGCCGCCGGCCACCGAGCCCCCGCCUGGCUCUCGUGAGCUCGACUUUGACUUAUGCUACGUCUGCAAGCACUGUAAAGUGGCAUUCCCUGCGCCUGCUCCUUUACAAGCGCACCAGGCCCGGUCGUGCUAUGCGGGUAGGGAAGCGGCGCGCGGGGUCAUCCGCGUCGUCCAACCCGCGUUGGAGUGCCGCGUGUGUCCCGGCGAGCGGUUCCGUACCGCCUUGGAGUUCCGCCGUCACGCAGACACCGAGGCCCACUUACGGAACGCGGCCCCUCCACCUCCCGCGCCCGCACCACCGGAGCCACUAACGCACGAGAUGGAGGACGUGGUGAACCAGAUCACGCUGCUGGCAGCGCGCGCUGCGCAGGAGUCCGCCUCACCCAAGGACCCCAACGCCAACUUCUGCGCGCCCGGGCCGCGCUUUCCGCCCCCUGGCGAGAUGCCGCUAGCCAGCGCCGGCCACUAAUCCUAAACUGACGAAAUGUAUAGUUACUACUAUUAGAGCCCCUCGCUCUCUCCGUUGUCCGACAACGCAGCAGUUCACUAUUAGCUCUUAACGCUUCUUUUCGUUGAUGAAUGUCGUCGCGGAAGCGGCACUUUCCUAGUUAUACAUUUAAAGCUUGUAGUAUGUAAGUGUAGGUUAAUUGGGAGCGGACCGUUGUUGUCUCGUUUUUGUAAUGUCAGCUCCGCUUAGGCGUCGAGCGUGUUCCUGCCGGGGCUCCCGCGCCGCGCGCCGCACACUGGGAGGCGGCGGCGGCGGGCGUCGGAGCGGCCGCGUCGCACCAGCACUUCAUAUCAUACGUUAGACAGGUUUUAUUAUAUACGUUUAUCGUUGCGACAGUCGAACGCGGCCACUCCGGCGCACAAAAAUAAUUUACCAUCAACUCCCAGGAAAGCAAGUUCCUAUCUUUAUGGCAUAUAAUAUUAUCGAUAUUGAUAAUUACGAUUUAAUUAUUGUUUAAAGCUAUGUAAUACAUACAUAUAAUCGUUCUAAUUUUAGGCAUAGAUACGUUCUCGUAAGAAGUUCCUGAUGCAUCGUAAAUGUAUGAAGAUAUAUAUAGUGAUAUACGUAUAUGAUUUUUUUAAACAUGAAGCGAAGUUAGGUAUGUAUGUUAGACAGUAGAGCGGUCGUCUCCUCGCGGGUCCCACCGCUCGCAGCGGCGUGCCAUGUCCUACAUCAACUCGGGGCGAGCUAACUUGAUCAGUUGUCUUUCGACGAAAGCGACGCACGUGACGGCGCCUAACGCCGCUCAGCCUCAUGCCUCACGGUACACAAACAGAGUAUUACACGGUACACAGAAUGCUGCACGGUACACAGAGUACCGCUCGGUACUACCCGCAGAGCCACCCGUGGGCUCGACGACGCCGCGUAGGCUUAUUGGUAACAGUUAAUUAUAAUAAUUAUUAUCGUAGCAAACUUUUCCAAAACGAACGAACUCGAAACUCGGGCUGCGCGCCAGCGCUCAGCCUACCUCGCAUACAAGUGAGUUUAUUUUGGAACUAAGUGUGAUUCUUGAAUUUUUAUUGAUAUUGUAAUGAUUAUUAGUAGUGGCGUAAGUGAGUCGAAAGGCAUGGAGGUACAUGCGAGGCGGCGGUGCGUGCGCUCGCGUUUGCCACUUGCAUGUAUAUUCAUUACUUUGUCGUGUGCGUGAAGUCCCUUAUAUUUUCGAUGGCACAGAUCACGUUAUUUAAAACAUUUUACAUAUUUACAUUUUAUCUAGCGGAGUGUAUUACAAUAUUUUAUCUACGAGUGAAACCUACUACAAAAUUGAGUUUGAUUUUUUUAUAAAGUGCAAUGUUUUAUUCCGCCGGUAGCCGGGGGUAUUUGUUAUUAGUAUAUGUGUGUGCAAUGAGCCCGCGCGCGACGCCUCUCUCCCGUGCUCUCGGGGGCUCGGCUUGUGUUACAUCUAGCUUUUAUUGGAUAUAAGUUUUCAACAUUUGAUGCAUACUUGAGGAAUACUUUGAGGAAUACUUUACUCAAAUGUAGAUUGGAUGCGAUGCCAUCACUGGAACUAAUACUAGAUCGAGAUAGAGUCGGUGGUGCGAUGUUUCAUGAAAAAUAUGAUCGUAUGAUAGAACUUUGUCAUUAUUUAUUUUUUCUAUUACCAUCGAAGCUGUAUUUUUCACUUGAUAAAAUUAAAAUUUGACAGCCAAAUUUAUUUACACAGGAGGGAGGCAUCGGGCACUGCAAUGUUCCUACGCGAAGGCGCGCGUUUUACAACACAAUUAUUUUGAUGUUUACUAUGUAUGUAUCGGUCCGGCCGGUCUGACGGACGGACGUGUUUGCGUUAGUGUAGGUGGACGUGUCGGUAGUGCGAUGUUGUGUCCGCGCCCGCAAGGACGCGGAUCGAAUCAUGGUUCCUAUGUAUAUUUCAAUAUUAUCGCAUCUAGAGUUUCACUAUACUUUCCGAAUACAAAUUUUAAUAUUUAAGAUUUAUUCGGACUAGUCUGUUGUAUCUGCUACCAGAGGUGCCGCCACGGGCAUGUUGUUUGUUUAUUCCUCUAAGCUUUGUUUACUUUUAUUAUUUGUAAAUCCUCGCUGUACUUUAAUUUUAAUUUUGUUAUUCGCUAAAAAUUAUGUAUUCAUUAAUUUUCUUUGUACCUAGAUCUAAGCGUGUUACGAAAUAUAAUUUACAAUAUAGGUAGCACUCACUAUCAUAGUUCCUAAUAACUGUAUUGUAAUACUAAAAAUUAUUUUAAAUUUCUUACUAGUGAAAUGUACCGGUUCCUACUAUUUAAAGCUGUAACAAAAUGUUAUACGAAUUGAGAUGAUUUGAUUGUAUCGAAUAUUAUUUUAGCAUCUUAUUUUAUUUACUGUUAAAGGAAAUACCGAUCGGAAAAAGUGCCCUUCGCGGGCUGUAAAGCGGAAAAUCGUACGAGUAACAUUUACGAGUGAUCGGCGUUUUCUCUGACGAUACUACAUGUUUCAUUGAGCGUCGUAGCAGAUUUCGUAGCGUUUAGUUCAUGUCGUAGCGGGCACUACGCGGCUGCGCCUACGACCUCCGUAGCCAGCAACAGAUUACGAAUACAUUGUCAAGUGUAAAUGGUAAAAUAAACUCAAAGUUAGUUUAUCA